CCCUAGGUGACCAGGCAGCUCUAGUUGUAUCCUGCUUCAACAUUGGCUUCACUCAUUACUCCAUGAGCCCACUGGACUACGACAUGGCCUUGGUCUACCACGCCAUACACCUGGAGCUGUCCGACAGGAUCGGAUACUUGGUGAUGAAGUCGCGUGCCUUAAACUGCCUCGGCAAGAUAUACACAGCUCUGAAGGACAAUGAGACGGCCAUCUUGCUCCUUGUGAUAUGCUUGGAAGUCCACAGUCAAACGGGAAACCAUCGCGGACUGGGCAUGGCCUACGGGAACAUCGGUACGGUGUACCGAGCCAUUGGUCCAGACGGACAUGCAACAGAUCGACGACACUCAUGUCCUCUUCAACAUUUUCAAUGCGGCUACCAUCAACCACAUCGUUGUCUUCCUGACCGGGACCGGAGCGUUUCCAGAGGGAAUGGGCGGGGCCAUCUACUUCAGUUGGCCGUCACCGGAGGGCGAAAUGGUCUGGAUGUUUCUCGGUUUCAUCACCAACGAAAAGCCAAGUGCCAUUUUUAAAGUAGUCGGCUUGAAGAAAGACGUCGACUUUGACCAGCUUCUCAGAGUUCUCCAUAAAGAUGUUGGAGAACUUCUACAACUACGCCUCGUGGUUCGGAAUAAACCAGUCGCAGAUGACACCCCAGCCAAACGUCAGCUGGAUCCCCAUGACCAUCCUAGAUAAAUGGUUUCAGAACUUCAAGAAAAAAAUGGCGCAGGAUCAGAACUUUUGGAGGAAGUAACUGUACUUGUGUAAUUUUUGUAUUUUAACAAUUUUAAGAUUUUGGUACUUUUUGUAACACAAAACAUAACGU